UUUUAAUACGUGUCAAGUGCGCUUGCUGAUUGUUUCCGCGUGAGUGCGGGAUCUUUUUUUUUUUCUCUAUAUGUUUACAUCGUAGAUCAUUUAGCCACGUGGAGUAUUGUCUCAGCGCAGACAGAUGCGUUAUCCCGGGACUGUACUUACCAAACCACUUAUCGUGGGAUUGGGGGUGGUGGUCUUGAUAUUCUUUAUCAUCAACAUCUCCUAUGACAUCGAGAAAAAGCGAGAGGUCGAAAAAAGGCGGGAAAAGAGAAGACAUCACAAAAAACAAAACCUAGACAAUUUGUUAUUUCAUCCAAAGAAAAUAAGUAACGGUCGAAAGGCAAUUGGCAAUCUCGAUUGGCAUGGCGGUGACGUCAUACCGAAAUUCUUCCGAAAAAAUGUGAAGGAGAUGGUAAUGAACUGCGAAUCUUUGUUCAGAGGGUCAGUUGUCGCUUUAUCCCGAGCGAAACAUACACAGCAUCACAGAAAGGCUAUCUCAACAUCGAAAUAUAAUAUCCUCACCAAAAAGUGUGCCAAGUUUAAAUACUACCGCAGUUACAUCACAGGACCGCUUACAACCAAAGAAAACAACAACCCAAUAGCUUACAGUAUAAUCAUGAAGGACUCCGUUUUUCAGUUCGAGACUUUACUCCGGUCCAUAUACAGACCCCAGAACUAUUAUUGUAUCCACAUCGACAAAAAUAGUCCCAAUGAGAUACGGCAAGCGGUCCAAAACAUAGCCAGAUGUUUUCCAAACAUUUUUACCGUCAGUGUCGCUCCUAGCGUCACCAGGGGAACACUGUCCCAUUUGCAGGCAGAACUCGGCUGUUUACGGGUUCUCUUGAAGCACAGUAAAUGGAACUACUUCAUUAAUUUGUCCGAGAACGAUUUCCCACUGAAAAUCAAUAGAGAUAUAGUGGACAUUUUGAUGUCACUGAGAGGCGCUAAUAGCAUUCCUGGAACUCCAAUAGAUUCACAGACGGAGAAAAACGCUGGAAAGUUACCUUCAGGAGUCAAACCUUUCUCGGGGGAAGGUGACGUCAUCAUGAAUAGAGGGACCGCCCACUUUUCUGUCAAUCAUCCGUAUGCGCAAUCUGUGUUGUCCUGGGCAGAGAAAACAACACAUCCUCAACAUACGUUUUAUGCAACUUUGAAUUACAACCCGCAGCUUAAGAUCAAGGGAUCAUACAAAGGUCCAACGGAUUAUCCACAUCUUCGUAACCAACUACACAUUGCUAAAUUUGUGGACGCAAAAAAUGCAUCAACUCAUGCGUGUCACGGGUCAAGGUCAUUCCACGGUUACUGCACGUUUGGGAUAGGAGAUUUACCAUACCUCGUGAACCGGAAGGAGUUAUUUGCCUACCGCUUCCGGUGGGACACUGACGAUCUUGUUUUGCAGUGCAUGGAACAAUGGAUCUAUCAACGAUCCAAAAAGCAGUUCAUGUAUCCCCAAGAUUAUGAUUUAUCGUUUUACAGAAAUCUAGACAUAGUAAUGAAUAAAAUUUGAUGGUGGUGUUA